CGAUCAGUUGUCAACGACAUUUCCGUCCAUUAAAUUGAGUUUGUUGCAGAGCCUGUUUGUUACCAAAUUAGAAUAGCUAUCCGUUGAUAGCUAAGUUUGUACCCUUAAACGUUUUCUCAAUGGAGGGUUUCGAGUAUGUGGUCAAUCCUCCAGUUUGGCCGACGGUCGGAUUUCUCAGGAAAAUCCAUCGGGACUCGAGCGGAGACUUCUGUAGGGACAGCUAUACCAAAAAUAUUCCUUCGGUCGCACCUAAUACAUAUGAUGUACCCAGACCAAUGGGAUUUAAGUACCCGUCAAAGGCAGGAUUUUCUGCCUUGGCCAACAAGAUGCCACGACUACCAGUCUUUCGAGAACUGGGAUAUCCCCCAAUUGGAUCCUACGCUACCGAUUUUCCAGGAACUCAAUACUACUUCACUUUCAACAAGCAAACUGUGCGGGAACAAAAAUGGGUUACACCGGGCCCGUCAACCUAUACGCACCACCUCAAAUAUCCAGACUGGGACGUGGAGACAGCUUUCGGAUCCAAGCGCAUCAUCUGGCCAUCGGUGGCCGUAUUUUGCAGUCCCCAAAACAUUGUCAAAUGCUCGACAUGUGGCGAAAAGCCAGUGGGUGACUAUUUUCACAACUUUAGCAAUGACGCGGACAUGUGCCGACAAUGCAUGCAUGUCGAGAUGGCGGCGAUCAAGAAGUGCAAUCUCCAGGUGACGGAGCGGUACAGUCGGCAGCAGAAAAUCAAGCAAUUCGUACCGGCCAGAUACUGCGGUUUUUUCCACGAUCACAACCAAACUACGGCCACAAUUGAACGGGAUUCGCGGAAAGUGUUGCGCCAAAAGAUACGCGUGGAAAAUUACUUAUAUCGGCUGAAUGCAAAGAUAGAAUAGAGUUAUAAUAAUUAAUAAAAAGCGUAUAUGUUACA